AUGAAGAAACAAGAGAACCUGCAUUCUCCCUCCAGUUCUCUUUCCGCUUCGCUCGACCGAGCUCUUCCUAUACCUGGCCUUCUCUUGACUUCGACUGUGGCUUUCACGCUUCUUGGCUUGAAAGUGAACGGAUGGAAGGGCUCAGAGAACUUCGCCAAUUUUAUCACGGACGACCGCACGACAGUGGCAAUCGCCAUCCAAAUAAUCUCCCACAUUCUCGGUCUCAUCCAAGUCCAGGCUCUGUACGCCUCGAUGGCAGGUACCGUUAUUAAAAUCUCCUUUACAGCGUCGCUCGCUUCGCGGAAGUUCUCGCUUAAUACGCUCCAAUUGGUCCACGCCGCAUCUAUCCCCAGAGUGUCGUUCUCCUUGCCAUGGUUCCUAUGUGUACCCCUGACGACGCUCGUCGUGUUAUCCUUCCUGCCUGCCGCUCUGUGGUCUGGUGCCAUGACCCCGAUCAUCUCAGAAAGAACUACAACCCAAACAACGAUGAUGCCGACAUUCCAAACAAACAAUCUAUCAUCGCUAUGGGAAGGAAACACCUCAACAUCCACCUCGGGAUCGGGGAGUCUCGGCCAGUGGCUCACCGACGAUGGUCUCUUCUCCUUCGACCCGAGCGCGCUGCGCAGCCUGAUACUCAAUUCGGCAAGCGAUGCCUCGUCGACCAACGUGUCAGGUUAUCUGCACCAAAAACUCGACAAGACAGGCUUUCUCUACCUCAAUCGGAGUUACGGCGUCGGUUCGGGCGCCUCGUCGACGUCCCAGGCUCAAAUUCUCCGCGAUGGAUCUCGUACUCGGAACCGGCCUUCCACUCCGAAGUCUCAUGCAUCUACAACGCCUCGAGCGCCUAUCGCAUCGACAAACUCCAGGUCCCCUCAGGCUGGUCACUGA